CAAAUUCUCAUCCUUAUGGUCGCGAUUCGCACAGUCUAUUCACCCGAACCAUAUGUGUAUUCACGUUCUUGUACGCGUCUUGCACAAGGAAUCUGCUCCAUGCGCCUGUCCUGGUGGGCCGUGAAUAUCGUGUAGACGCGAACUUGACGCGACGCUCAGAGCCGUGGACUCGGACUUCAGCAUAAGUCACGACUCUCGCUCAACAAGUUGAUCAUUCCUACAUCACUGUUCACGCUUGUUGCAGUUUACUUCUGUCUGGCCGAUAUCUGCGACGACGAACGGGAAAUAAAGCCCUGAACUCAGCGAAGAUGGUCGUACGAGAGCUUAUUCCCGGCGACGAUCGACCUUUGCAGGAGAUAGCCGAUGUCCUCGCGAGGUCGCACAAGGUCCUUCUCGUGACCGGCGCUGGAAUCAGCACGAGUUGUGGCAUCCCGGAUUUCCGUUCCAAGGACGGACUGUACAACAUCAUCCCCGAACAAGCACUCCUACCCACUCCUCCAGCUUCCCAACCAUCCACCCCUUCAAAGUAUUGUUCAGAUACCGACGACUCUAACUUCUUCUCCUCACAAUCAUCAACUUCAUCAUUCACAAGCCGACGAGCAUCCGCCAGUCCCUCAUCAAAGCUGAAGGGACAGGACCUUUUUGAUUCGCGAGUUUUCCAAAAUGCAGCAUCAACGACCUUAUUCUAUCAGUUCAUUGCUUCCUUGCGUCAGAAGAUACGCGACGAAGUGCAGUCUACGAGCUCGACCCACAAGUUCAUCAGGGUUCUUCGCGAUGGUGGUCGAUUGGUGCGGUGCUAUACUCAGAACAUCGAUGGUCUAGAAGGAAGAGAAGGGUUGGUGACUGACUUGACACGAGGCAAAGGCAACAAGCGACGAUUCAUGAAGAAACACUAUGAAGUACCACGACCUUUACAUACUCCUGGCACUGAUUUCGAUGGAGGUUGCGAAGUAGUGCAGCUGCAUGGUGACUUGGAGAGGUUGCGGUGCAGCAUGUGCGCCACACAAUUUGAAUGGACGGAUGAGGAAACUCAGAUUUACCUCGAAGGCGCCGCGCCAAGCUGCCAGCAAUGUUACAGCAAGAGCGAGCAGAGACAGGCCAGCGGAAAAAGAGGUCUUGCGGUCGGAUCACUCCGACCAAACAUCGUCUUAUACGGAGAAGACCAUCCAUCAAACACGCUGCUAACCCCGUUGAUCCCCUUUGACGCCGGUAGUCAGCCUGAGGUUUUGGUCAUCAUGGGCACGUCACUCAAAGUAUUCGGGUUGCAAAAGAUUGUGCGAGAAUUUGCGAAAGCGGUGCAUUCCAGCAAGGGUGGCCAGGGACGAGUGAUCUUUGUCAACCGCACAAAACCAGCAGAAACCACCUGGGAUGGUAUCAUUGACGACUUCGUGGCCAUGGACUGCGACGAUUGGAUUCACGACCUCAAAUCAAGACGACCCGAUCUCUGGCUUCGACAAGGCGACAUCGGGUUAACAGUCACAAAACCGACACAACCAAAGCGGAAGAGAAAGUCGAUGACCGAUGAACAUGGUGGCGCGAGACCUGUUAAGAAAACAAAAGUCACAGUCGAGGUGCCAGCGAACUCUGGAAUUGCGCGACAAACACCUCCUAGUACUCCGUCGAAGAAGGACUCGAUAACGAAGAGGUACAAACUACCAGCUACAUACCCUGGUCGAUCGGUGCUUUCGCCUUUAGCACAGGGCAGACGGCCACCAAUAUCGCCUCUGUCUAGUCCAGUCCGGCCAGUUGAUGAUGAUGAAAAAUGCACAACGCCAGCUAGAAGAUGCUUGCCCGUUCGGCCGCCGAUCUCACCCUUCACUCCAGGAGUGUUGACUGGGAGUAAGCUCAAGGUGGAAGUGUUUCGCGACGACGAAAACCAACGCGAUGAUCAGGAGGACAAUGGAAGACCAGGAUCGAAAAAGAAUGGAAACCAUCCCCAAGGCGCGACAGUGACACCACCCAAAUCCAAUUUUCUGGCGAAGGUAUGGCAGCGACUUCCGGGCAGACAUAUUCUGCCAUAUUCGGAGCAAGUCGACACACAAGAUGAAGCACUGGGGGCUGAAGAUGAUAAUGAUACAGUGAUAGUGGAAACACCGUCAAGGGGUCCUCGUGGCCGCAAGAUCAACGUGAUUGAGUCAUGAGAAGUCGUGGCAUUGGCAGCGAAUUUGGAGAUGAUGGAUUCGAUGGUAGGAUUUCAUGAAUCAAUGACUGUAUGACAUAUUAUAACACCGAGUUCCAAGAGACACCGCUACGGUGCGAGCAGUAUAGAGAAUGACUGCUCGAUGCAAGUUUUGUAUGACGAUUGGAGCGGCUUUGAACAACGCUUAAUUGUCGCUAGAAACAGACAAGAGACAUAGAGGCGGAGACUUGAUAAAUCAUUGGGCAAAGUCUUCGUGAAGAACAAUUGUUUG